AUGAUUCGUAUAGUGAAGUUUCUGUUGGUUAUAAGUUUGGGUGUGGUCUUAGGGAAGCAUGUACCUCAAAACGAAACUCUCAGUGAGAAUAUAAAUGCAUUGGCACAGAAACCCAUCUGCCACUACAGCGAUCCAAACGUGGCUGACUGCAUCAAACGUGUAGCCGAACAAGGCAGAACCCUUCUGGCUCAUGGGAUACCAUCAUUUGGCAUACAACCAUUGGAACCACUGAAGGUUCCCAGCAUCAGACUAAGGCAACACAAUAUGCCUCAAAACAAAUUUAAAUAUGACGCCUGGCUGUCGGAUCUUGUACUAUCAGGACUGACGAACUACACUUUUAAUAAACUAGACGUAUAUCCUGAAGAAUUAAAAGUAACCGGUAACAUUAGUUUGCCACACUUGGUGAUGGCUGGCGAGUACGUAGUCAUUGGAGAGUUCCAGAUGUUACCUGUCGAGUCAACUGGGUUUAUUGAUGCAAACUUCACGCUAUGCUCUGCCGCUCUUGAAGCUAUCGGUGCCAAAGUACAUAAGAGAAUCGUCAUCAAGGAUGCAAAUGUAAAACUACGAUGUACCGGACCACUUGACGCAAGUUUGAGGGAAGCUCAUUCGACUACUGGUGAAAUGGAAAUGGUGACAAAACACAUCGUGCAUAUGCAUGCGAACGAAUUAACCAAAGAAGUGCAGCCAGCUGUUGAGACAGCACUCGCCAUGGUCCUCGAAGACAUCGCGAAUAAAUUCCUGAAACACGUCCCUCCGAACAUGGUCUUUCCAGCUUAG